GGCUGGUGACCGCUCUCAGGUUUCUCUCUGGUUGCCACAAGAACGGACUAGGGACAUCGUCCUUAAUAACUAGUCUAGUGAGAAUCAACCGCUCUGCGGCUGAUUGGCUCGUGUCUAGAAAGAACUAGGAUUCCUAGUAACGUCGGCUAGUUUACGGUCGAGUGAAGCUAGGUGCGUGCAGAUGCGAGAGCUCUUUUUUAUCGAGACUGGCCAACAGGUCAAGACUCGAGACUGCUCGAGACGUCUUCGUGUCGUUACUCGUUUGUGCUUUGUUCUCCUCGGUUCGUGCUUGGAGUCCACGGAUUCGUGUGCACGACGAGGUCUCUCGCAACGUCAUUCCGAGCCGAACCCGGGUAUAGUCCGUCGUGGGAGAGAUUGUUAAAAGCGGAGGCGGAUUUUAUACUAGCGAGAGCGUUAAAGUUCUGCGGGUGACGCCGGCCGCCUUGGAGUCUCGGGGUCUCGAGAUCUCCCAAGGCCCACAGGCAUAACACGCGUAAUCAAGGUAAGAGAUCUACAGAGCGAUUCUCCGCACGGGCAAUUCAGAAACGAGCAAGUGUGAUCCGUUCCUUGCAAACGGAACGCCGAUACCCAGUACAUUUCAUCUCGUGAUCCGACUUUCACGGUUUCGAUUGCAGUAAUAGUGUCGUCGUCGUCGUCGUCGUCGCCUAACCUCUUAACCUCUGCAUCCUGCCUCAAGAUAAUGCUCGUAUGCGAGGUGCGGAACGUGAGCGACGAGAUAAAAGAAUUCCAGGCGUGUUACGCACUGGUUAUCCAAAUCGUUUAUCUCAUUUUUUCAGAAACGCAAAUAGACAUAUAAAAUUGUAACUAGAAGAUUUCAAGACUUUACGGAAUAGAUUCACAUUGAAUGUUACUGCAAUUGAUAUUGUGGAUCCAUUAUUUUGUAACACAGCAUAAUUUUUAUUUACACUGUUCUCAAGGAUUAGUGUUCUCAAAUAUGUUAUCACGAUUAUGGCAAAGUUUAAUUCUGUUUACCAAUAAUAUCAAAAAGGAAGAAGAAUAUGCUGGAGAUGUGUAUAAAAAUGUAUACGUACAUACACGUAUACACGAAUGGCUAGUAAGCUUAAUUAGAAUAAUACGUAAGGUAAUAUUGAGUGAAUUACAUUUUGCCAAGAAGCGCAAUCAAUGUGAUGUUAUUGACAUGUCAUCAUCACACGUUUGUUACACUAAAGCUUCUUCUUAUGCUAUCGUUGCUCUUCAACUCACUCCACGUUCUCCUUCCCUGUUCUCUUUCUUUCUCCAUAGACCCAAAAAGUAUUCUUUCAGGUUGAAAGUUCGUUCGCUAUAGUUUCUAGUGCAGUACGAAAACGGUUCGUGAUUUAUCGGUACAUUCUUAGUUUGUGUUGUGUUCAAGUUGAAAGUUUAAACCGACGCCGGUUUAAAAAGUUCCGCGCACGAGGAAAGUCGGGGAAAAAAACAGUAUACGUAUCGUACGUGUGACAAACGAAGUUCAGUUUAAGUAUAAAAUAAAGUACAAAAAGUUCUUAAUAAAAGAAAAAGUCCAAAGUUUGUGACGAUAAAAAGUAUGUUCGACGCGGUAUGGAUCGCGCGCGUUGUGCCAUCAAGAGCGAACACUUCACAGGCUCUGAUUGACACAGGCUGAGAAAUAGUCCCAACAUGUCCGACUCUGGUUCGGAGAGCACUUCCUCGGAGGGUUACGAUGGAAGCAGAAGUCGAGUCACUACCAUGGACGAGGUAACGUCGUCACGUUACUCGCAUCGUUCCUCAGGAUCCGAGCGACCCAAGUCCGCGGCCAGUUCCGUCUCCUCCAGGGGAAAGACGUCCGGAUCGCCGUUGUCGGCCCUCGAGUCGCCGAGGUCCACUCCGCUGUCGCCGAAGUCACAGCGAUCGGGAAUACUGUCUCCCAGCGAGGAGGGUUCUCCAAGAUCGAUUCGUAGCUUAUCAAAAUCGCCACCGUUACCGUCAUCAACGUCGCCGAUGUCUCCGCCCGCGUCGCCCAAGUCUUACCACUCGGGAAACAACUCCCUUGACUCGCCCCGAUCGGAUCGCAGCUCCUCUCGAUCGCCCGUGCUGGACAACCGAUCGUGCCUUUCGCCCGCUAACGACUCCAAGUCCUUGCGCUUCGGCGACGCCGAGUCGAAGGGGGCGUCCGAUCUCGAGGUGGACGCGCAGAGAUCCGUCGACAACUCGCCGAAAUCGUACUCGUACAAGAACAGCGGAUCCAGGCAGAGUUCGCCGAAGUCGCCCAGCUCCGUGAAGUCCUUGAUGUCGACGAGGAGCUCGGCGAAGUCGUUCAAAUCUGGCCCGGCGUCGCCCAUGGACGAUCAGGAGUCGGAUAAGCACUCACCGACGCACUCGGGCCCACGCUCGCCGGAGGAAACGAAGAACGGGUCGUUCCACGAGCUGGACGGUGAGCAGAUUUCGGACGGCGACAUUGACGACGAGCCGGAACCCGUGUCCAAGUCGAAGCCUACACCUAUGACCCACGGCGAGGAUCUGUCCGACGUGUCGGAUCUUGAGAGCAUGGACGGUCCUGAGGGAUCCACCGAACGAAACGCGGAGAUAGAUAAGGCUCGCGAACGGGAUGACAAACAAAUCACGAACAAUGAGGAGCACGUGGAGAAAGAGGACAAGACGGCACCGGUCGGCUUAACGGAAGAGAGCGAGCAGCUGGAUUUCGAAGCCGAUGGUCAGUGGAAAGACGAACGUGACGAAGGUGAGACCGAAACGCUAGUCGCGAAGGAGAGUAAAGAGAAUACAGAAAAGGAUAGUAAAGAUAAGGAUAAAGACAAGGCGAGAUUGAAGGACUCGGGCGAAGCGAACGACAAGGAAGAAGGCGAGGAGGGAGAAAAAGAGGAAUCCGAGUUGGAAGAGGGAGAAUUGAGCGACGGAGACGACGCACGGCCGGAGGAGACUGAACCGAGACCCGUGUGUCGUUUCUACAAUCGAGGGCAGUGCACGUGGGGUGUGAGCUGCCGAUUUUUACACCCGGGUGUAACGGACAAAGGUAACUACACUAUGUUCGAUAUGGUGAGGCCGAUGGCGUAUCCACCGCACGCCAGCGCGCCGCACGAGUACAGGCCGCACAUCGACCGGCCGAACAUGGUCCGCCCGUUGUCCAAUUACGGUGCUCCCGCGCACCCACCCAAGGUGGAGGAGGCGCCGACCGAAUCUGCCUGGGAGCGAGGACUGCGCCACGCCAAAGAGAUGAUGCGGAAGGCUAACAAGCGCAAAGAAUCGGACAUGGAUUUCGAGGAGAAGAAAAUGAACCUGAGUUUAGGGCAGGACGAGCUGGACAGGGAAGCGGGAUACUACGUGAGAGCGGCGAGCCCCGAGCCUCCGGUCGAGCGAUGGCCGCAGCGGGAAGCCGCGCCGCGUCGAUUGACAGCGCCUAGAGUCACGCCUGAGAGAUACGUUGAGGAGCCCGAGGGAGGAUACUAUCCUCCGCCAUCAUCCGACUAUUACAGGAGAGUGCACUACAAGGACUCUCGUGAUUAUCGCGAGCGCGUGUCAGAUUAUCAUGCGGUCCCACGUGGCACGCACUCGGCCUCCCCGCCGCCGCCGCACAAUCGCGAUCGCGAGAGAGAAAGGGAUCGCGAACGCGAACGGGAGCGGGACUACUACGAGAAGUACGAGAAGAAGCAUAAACGGCCGUCGCGGGAGGUCAUCGUCGAGCGCAUCCCGCCGACGAAACCCUGGCGGGAGGAGGAACCGCCAGCCAUGGAGAGAGGUCGAGGUGACGAAUGGGCGGACCCAUGGAUGCGACGUAAAUCUCCGAGCACUGUGCGCCGCAACACUUCGUCUCGUCGGUCCCGCCGGCAGUCGUAUUCCUCGGGCUCUACGUAUUCUUCAACGAGUUCUAGCCGUAGCACGAGCCGUACUAGCUACAGUUCUUACGAUUCCCUAUCCAGGUCUCGCUCGCCCUCCCCUCCCUCUAGAACUCGUUCCACCGGCAAAAGUAGUAAAACUACCGUCCUAAAUUCACCACCGUCGAACCCCCCGGCCGCUGCGGCGGCAGCUGCGCCUCAACGAGGCGCCAUGCUGAUGAAUCCCCCUGCUCCAUCUCCUCGUCCACCGAAAGGUUCCAUCUCGCCUACGACGGGUACGCUGCAUCGACGGGCCGGCUUGAAUCCACCCGCCCCGAGCCCGGUCUCCUCUCAUCGUCAUCAUGAUAAAGCCAGGGAGCAGAAGGCGGCCAUGGCUGCGGCUGCUGUGGCCAAGAUCAUUAAGAGUCGCUCCAGGUCUAGAUCGUCUCACAGCAGUUCGGGAUCGGAGAGCAGCGGAAGCAGCAGCGACUCCAGCGAGUCGAGUUACUCGUCCUCCUCCAGUGAGGUGCGUCGAAGGAAGGGCUCGACGCCGCCGAUAACGCGCAAAGAUUCCAAAGGCAUCGACGCCCUGAAGCUGAGCGGCGCGAAGCAGCAGAUCAAGCUCACGCUGAAACCGACGAGCAACGCCACGACGGUGAAAAAGAUCGAUCGCAGCGCGUUGAUGGCGGGUAAGAAGCGGCCGAUCGAAUCGCCGCCGCUGAUCGACAGCAAGGCGAGCGUGGCCGCGGCGGCGGCUAAAGCUGCGAAGAAGGCGAGCUCGCGUCGCGAGGAGCUGCUGAAACAGUUGAAGGCCGUGGAAGACGCAAUCGCGCGUAAAAGAUCGAAGGUUUAAAGUCGAUCUUUUACGUCGAUCGAGUAACGAGCAAAGUUCUUCGGAUAGAUACAUACGUACUAAAUGUUUUUUUUAGACGUAUUAUGUAAGUGGUCGCCAUCACCGUCGCGCGGAAUGACGAGGCGCGUGACCCGCGAGAUAGAUGAUGGUGAACCGACACGCGUAUAAGCGAGAGAGCAUAUUCCCAUUUUUACAAUACAGAAUUAUAAGAACCCAUAAUGUUCGCGAUACACUUCUUCGUUGUACUAGAUCUCUUUUUCUCGAAACAGCCGCGUUAAGAUGGAAAACUAGUAUUGUACAGUCUUGCGCGAUUUUCAUUUGAAUUGACAUUUGGAUAAUUAUUUUUGUGUAAAAAUAUAUCAAAUAAAUUUGUUAAUGACGAGAGGAGCAAGUUUCUUAAAUAAAAAACUGCUAAGGCGUCGAUUCAAUAUCAUAAUUGCAUAAUAUAUUGUAUAUUAAAAAAAUACAGUAUAUAUUUUAUAUAGUUUGAUUUUAAUUUAAUUACGUUAGGACUACAUUACGCGCGCACGGUAUCGGUAUAAAUUUAUGAUGAUACACGGGUACGUCAUUUGUGUGUAACUAUUCUUAAUAGUAUCUAAAAAUUUGAAGUACUUUAAGAAAGUUAUUACUAAGCUAUUAAAAAAAGUAUUUGUACACGUCUGAUAAGUUACUGUACCGCUUUUCACGAGAUAAAUUUAGGAAUUCAGAAAUUUAGUUUUUCUAACAAAAACAGAAGAUAUGAUUAACGAGAAGUUUCAAUUUAACAAAACAAAAAAAAA